AUGGGGGUUCUACACUACUGGCUGCUGCUGUUAUUGGUUGACUGCCAUGAGCGGAUUACAGGGGCUGUGAGUGGCAUCAGUCCAUAUAUAAAGCAUUACGAGGGCUUGUCAUACGACAGGGAGGAUCUUCACAGGAAGCACCUGAGAGCCAGGAGAGCCACACAACCUCAGGAAUACACACUGCAGCUAGAGUUUACUGCUUUCCACAGAACUUUCCAGCUGCAAUUGAAACACAAUGCAGCCGCGUUUUCCGAAAAUUUCAUGGUGGUCAGUGAAAAUGGUUCAACAUCAGCUGACCUCUCCCACUUAUAUUCAGGAACACUGGAGGGUGAACAUGGUUCAGCCUGCCAUGGCUCUGUGUUACAGGGUCAGUUUGAGGGAAUCGUCCAUACACACAAUGGGACAUAUCACAUAGAGCCAGUCCAUAGAUACACCAGCAGCCAAAAAGAUUACCACUCUAUCAUCUACCAUGAGGAUGACAUGGUCCUACCGUCCAUGAGAACCGGCCCUGAUGGAUUUUGUGGUGCAGAACAUCUAAACCUCCUCGCCCAAAGCCUCAGACCCAAUGAGGUGGCACCAGUGAGUCGGUUGAGGAGAACAGUGAAUGAAUCAAAAACCAGCUGCCUGCUUCACCUCCAUGUUGACCACCUCUACUACAAGAGAUUCAAGUCUCUUGCCGCUGUUGUGGCUCAGGUUGCCUCCUACAUGCGAGCUGUGAAUGACAUCUAUGACAAGGUGGACUUUGAUGGCAUCGAGCUGAUCAAUUUCGAAGUGAAAUCCCUCAAAGUGAUGACAGAGGAGGAUAAAAACGAUCCUCUGCAUUCUCUUUACAUCGGGCCUGAGAAACUGUUGAGUCUGUACUCUGAGAAGAACUGGGGCAACUUCUGUCUGUCCUAUCUGCUCACCAACAGAGACUACAGUGGAGUGCUGGGGCUUGCCUGGGAAGGCAAGGCUGGUAACUGGGGAGGUAUAUGUUCCAAGCAGACUACCCUGCGUAAUGGCCAGCCCUCCACCCUGAACACAGGUCUGGUCACCAUUCAGAACUAUGGACAGUUCCUGCCUCCUCGGUACGUCCAGCUGACCUUUGCUCAUGAACUCGGCCACAGCUUGGGAUCUCCGCACGAUGAGGGCUCAAACUGCGGGAACCUCGGCUCCACUGGCGGUAAAGGCAGGUACCUGAUGUUCCCUCACGCCACAGACGAGGUGCGUGAAAACAAUGAUAAGUUCUCGCCCUGCAGCAUCGAACACAUCAGUAGGAUCCUGAAGCUGAAAAAGGAUGACUGCUUUGUGGUCAGUGAUCAGCCCAUCUGUGGUAACCAGAUAGUGGAGGGGGACGAGGAGUGUGAUGUCGGUCACAACCACAAAGACCUCUGCUGCUUCAGCGCUAAAGAGCCUGUAGGAGUCCAGUGUCGCCUCAAGCCUGGUAAAGUCUGCAGUCCGAGCCAGGGCCUGUGCUGCGGUCGGGACUGUGAGUUUAAGCCGGCGGGUCAGACGUGUGAUGAGGCGACAGACUGUCUGAAAGAGAGAGUGUGUUCAGGCCUCUCCCCAAUCUGCCCCAAGCCAAUCGCCAAGGAAAACCUUACAGUCUGCAGUCAGGGCACGCGUGUCUGCCUGAGCGGGGUCUGUGCUGAGUCUGCGUGUGUGAAGCACAGCCUUCAGCAAUGUGACUGUCCAGGAGACUCCAUGAAGGACAAAUGCCACAUGUGCUGCCAGCAGCCUGAUAAGCCUGAGACAUGUGCCAGCACUGCCUCCUCCGUGCUAUCCCAUUACUUCCAGAGUAAGGCGUUGCCCUUGGUCGGCGGGGCUCCGUGUUCAGGGAACCGGGGAUACUGCGACAAAUUCCACGUGUGUCGUCUGCUGGAUGCAGAUGGCCCCAUCGCAAGACUGAAAAACUCCUUUCUCCAUUUGGAUGACUUUGAUGACAUAGCAGAGUGGAUGAAGGCACACUGGUGGGCCAUCCUGCUGGCUAUCCUGACUCUGUCUGGAGUGAUGGGCUGCACUGUCUGCCUCUGCAGCCGCAACCUGGACUCCAGUGACUCGGAGUGACCUCUGACCUUUCCUAUGGACCUCUGGGAAUACAAAUAUCAUCAUGAUGACACAUAAAUUCAUUAGGAUUCAUAUAUCAUACAUUUUUAACUGUCAGUGUCACAUGAGAUUCUUUUAGCCAACUUUGUCCCACAUCUCAAAUAGUGUGUGAUCUGCAGGUGACCUGUGAAGACACCUGCUCAACACGUCUCACACUGUUUUGUUGACUGAUAUCUUUGUGUGUCAUUAUGCAUCUGCCAUUUCUUUUCCUUGUGUGACUUGUCCAUUUACAUUUCAACAAUUGGUGAGGGUCUUCCGUGAUGCACGUGGCGAACGAAUCGCUAUUGCUGCCAACUGUGGGUCUCUCUGGGCCAGGUUGCCCUUACAGGCCACAUAGCAUCGAGCACCUGCAGCAAUUUAAACCCAUCUGUUCCUGCAAAGACUUAUGGGACUGUUAUUUUGCACUGCAGUGUCCUUGCUAUUGUAUUUGAACUUUAGUGCCAAUGUCAGCCUUGAUGAACAUCCAGCUUUCCUUCAAUAAGACUUAAUCAAGUGGAAAUUGGUGGUCCUCUUGACAGGACUUUUGGUCUGAAUGCUGUCAUUUGCAUUGCAUGUUUACAAAAAAAAUGCUGAUGUUUAAGUUAAUAAAGUGACAGUAAACUUG